AUGUACUUCUUCCAGGCGGAGAAGCAGGGCACCUACUUCGAGGGAUGGUCGAUGCGCCACUUCGCCUUCGACUCGCGGCGGCGCCACAUGUACUACACGGAGCGUGAGAAGCACCCGCACCGCACCCCCCACCGGAGCCCGCAAUGCCCGGAGGCGGCGGCGCCGUGGUCCCCGCUGGGCGAACCCACGAUGCCCUGGAAGAAGAAGUUCAAGGUCAGCAGGCUCGUGGUCGUCUCCACCGUGCACGAGUUCCACCUGGAUGACCCCCACCUGAAGGAGACGGACUUCUUCACGCUGGAGGUGCACGGCAGGACGCGUGCGCUGGGGAAGGAGGAGCCGCCGAAGGGGCCGCUGCUGCUCUCGCCCUUCCCCGACGCGGAAACGCCGAGCGAGGCCCUGGAGAGGGCCUACCGCGACCCGUUCCGGCUGUCCCAGCUGUACGAGGUGCUGCGGGACCAGUUCACGGCACUCCGCCGCGAGCAGGGGCUGCGUGCGACCGCCUCCACCAUGUCCGUCAACUCCCAGUCUGCCUCCAGCGAGACGAGUCAGGCGCGCACGCUGCAGUCCCCGCGCAGCGCCUCCGCGAAGGAGAAGCACAUCAUCGCCACCAUCCGCUGCCGCAGCGAGGAGGAAUUCCGGCAGGCGUGGUACAUCGUGCAGAUGGUGUUGGGCUUUGACAGACUCGACGUGCGCCCCUACCGCGGCCUCCCGCCGUACGACCCACGCAACGGUGUCCCGUUUGGACACAUCCCCAUGUACCUCUGGCACACCUUCAAGGCGCUGGAGAAGUCGGUGUUUUACGUCUUUCUUCGCGGAGACCUUGUGGGCCGCGACCACGAGGGGAACGUGGAGGUGUCGCUGCCAGACGCCCAUCUCUGCAUCACGCACGACAUGGUGCUGGUGAUGCGCGACAAUGGAACCAUCCCGCGCUGGAUUCAUCUGCAGAACAUAAACACAUUCGAGUACAACACCGUCGCGAAGCGGCCCUUCUUUGCCCUCCUCACGGACGACCCCUCGCCGGACAUCCUUUUCAUCCCCAAGCCGCCGGAGUACGGCCCCGUCGCCAUCGCGGCCUUCUGCGGGGCAAAGGAGGUGAGCAUGGUGCAGUUCGUCCUGCGCGACGCGUGCUUUGCGUCCAAUGGCAUCCGCCGUGUGAUGGAGUUCGUCGACGCCAACUGGGCCGCCAGCGUGCGUGCGUACUUCAACAAGAAGGAGGAGACGCGCCACUUCAAGUUUGCCCCCCUCGACGGCUUUGAUGAGAGCUUCAGCUGCCUCAUCCCGAAGGUGCACCUGGCGCGGGUGUGGCGCGAGGUGCUGCAGGACCAACUCUCACGCUCGCAGGACGACGUGGCGGCGAUUCCGCUGGAGGGCACCGGCGGCCACGCGCUUCUCUCCGGCACCGACGUGAACUCCGUGCGGCGGCAGCUGGAGGUGGAGCGGUCGCACUCGCACGACGAGAUUGUGGGCAUGCCGCUCGACACGCUGCUCGGCCGCCGCCGCGAGCGGGUGGAGGCGUCGAUGGAGGGGCCGAAGCUCCGCCCCGACAGCUUCGGCCGCGAACCGGCGCAGGAGGUGGUCUACCAGCAGCCGGGCGCCCAGUACCUGCGACCCGAGGCCGCCGCGGCGAGGCUCGGCGCGGAGGGCAACGUCGAGGCGCUCGUGAACGCGAGCUUCGCCGCGAUGGGGAUCGCCAAGCCGCAGAGCUGA